AGGGGGGAGACCCUGGGAGAGAAAAAACACACAUGCACGCAUAAAGUGAAGGAUAACGGACGAGAGAGCUGUUUCCUGCAGGGGGGAAGAAGAAGAAGAAGAAGAAGAAAAACAAGGAGAAGCAGCUGCUAUGAUUCUCUCCCUGGCCGCAGUAGCAGCCAUGAGUAGCGGUGGGGGAAGCAGCCUAAACUCCUCCUCCCCCCUCGACCCCUUCGACUCCUCCACCUCCUGGAGCCUCGCCGAGGACCCCUCAAACUCCUCCUCUGAGCCCGUGGUGAGGACCCUGACCCCUGACUUCCAGCCGGCCACCACCGCUGUCGCCAUCCAGGAAGUAAACCCGUGGGACAUCGCGCUGUGUGUGACCGGGACGCUCAUUUCCUGCGAGAACGCUCUGGUGAUCGCAGUUCUGUUCUACACGCCGACUCUCCGCGCCCCCAUGUUCAUUCUGAUUGGUUCCCUGGCCGUGGCCGACCUCAUGGCCGGUCUGGGCCUCAUCUUGAACUUUGUCUUCACGUAUCUGAUCGACAGCUCCGUGGAGUUCGUGACGCUGCUGUCUGUCGGACUUUUAAUCUCCGCUUUCUCCGCGUCCGUGUUCAACAUCCUCGCCAUCACGGUGGACCGCUACCUGUCGCUGUACAACGCCCUGACCUACCACACGGAGCGCACGGUCACCUUCACCUACCUGAUGGUGCUCUUCAUCUGGGUGUUGUGCGUGACGCUGGGUUCGCUGCCGGCUCUGGGAUGGAACUGUCUCCGAGACGAAUCCACGUGCAGCAUCCUGCGACCCGUCACCAAAAUCAACGCCGUGGCCCUCGCCGUCACCUUCCUGCUCGUCUUCGCCAUGAUGAUGCAGCUCUACCUGCAAAUCUGCAAGAUCGCCUUCCGCCACGCGCAGCAGAUCGCCGUGCAGCACCAGUUCGUGGCCAUCUCCACCACCAAAGGGGUCUCCACGCUGUCGGCCAUCUUGUGUGCCUUCGGGGCAUGCUGGCUGCCGUUCGCCAUGUACUCCAUCGUGGCCAACUCCAGCUACCCGGCCAUAUACACGUACGCCACGGUGCUCCCGGCCACCUGCUGCUCCGUCAUCAACCCCAUCAUCUACGCUUUCAGAAACCCAGACAUCCAGAAGUCGCUGUGGAUGGCCUGCUGUGGGUGCUUCCCGUCCAACCUGUCCCUCAGACCCAGGACCUCCAGUGACGUGUAGCACGGGAAGGUUGGUUUUCUGUCUGGCACGAUGCUUGACGCUGAGUCAGGGUAGUAGAAGAUAGAGCACGAAGAUGAGGAGGUUGAAGGCUGUGAGGAAGGAGAUUUCCUCGACUCUUCACAUCAGGGCGAAACGCACGGCUGGCCACGGUAAACGUGUCACGGGAAGAAGGGUGCGUGGUCAAAAAAAAAGAUCAUGUUGAGUGACGAAGGUGGCGUGAAACCAACUGCAAAAGCCUGUUUAAGGUAUCCUCUUGGUGGCGUCAGGUGACUUUUUCCACUGACCUCUUUCGGUUGAGGCCUACUUCUUAAAAAAGUAGCAUAUAUGUGACGGCAGAAUUUAGGCAGAAAUGUCCUCAAAUCUCCACAGGACCUGAGCUUUUUGGAGCACUGCAUGGUUAUGCAACCAGAAGGUGUGAAACAGUCUUAAAAUACCGGAUGUGUUUUCACUGAUGUGUUUGAAAUUAAGUGGAUACAAAUACAACGAGCUAAAUAUACACAACGAAUGACCUUGAGUUUUCUCAAUGAGCUAUCUUUGCCGUCUAGAAUAUUUCCUCCCCUGAAACAUAUUUUAACAUCGGUGUCCUUGAGCGGAUGCAGAUUAAAGUAAUCAGUGAGUGUAUUCACAGAUAAUGAUGUGGUAUUAUGUGAUAUUGAAAUUAGAUGGUGUCCGUGAUCAUUAGUAUUGCUGCCAAGCCCAUUUUGACUUUUCCCAAUGCCAACAGCACCGUCUGCAUUUUGUCAAAGCCACAAACACAUCUGAGGAAUCCUAACACAGCCUCUCAGAAGAAAUCCACUCCUAACAUGCAGAGUAAACCGCGCUAGUUUGCUCAAACCUAGAGAGGGAUUUCCACAUUUAGCCCCGCCGCGUGUUGUCCUUGGUGUGAUGAAACCAAAUCUGCUCCCCGUCUGAGAAAACAAAACGUGUUUCUUAGCCAGCCGCUGCCUAACUGAAGCAGAGAGAGCACCAAGGACAGCGCCACUGCAGAGCGCUGCUACCCUGGGAAAUGCUUUCUGCUGCGGGGGGGAAGAGCGCUGGAAAGUAGGCUACAAUGUUCUCUACAACAUCUUGAAUGUGAGACGGGCGUUUAAAAAGGGCCUUUCCAGCUUUAAAGGAGCGGGAUUGCAACACAUUCAGAGUCAACGAAUGUUUAUUUCUUGCAUACGUGAUGCUUAAAUGUGCUUUUAGGAUCAUCCGCCUCAUGCCAGGUGUGUUCCAAACUAUGGGAAAUCAUCCACUAUAGCACAACUAUGACCCUGUCCUUUCUACCCUUCACCGUUCCCUGGCCUCUCUUCUAUCUCAGCAGCAGAAAUUAUGCAUGAGAAAAGCAAUGUAUGGCCCCAUGAGUGCCAGUUAAGCAAGCCUUCCGACAUGGGCAAGGUGAAAGCAGCUGACGUUUUUCAGAGGCGAAGGGGGGGGGGGUCGGUGUUUAUCUGCAUCCGCAUAACGCCUUUAGAGACAGCAGCCUAACUUCAUUGCCCAAUUGAUUAUCCAUUUGCUAGAGCCAAGCACGAUCCAUAUCAAAUAGGUCAUUUUUCAUCUAAGCUGCCCUGUCUGGCUACGGGACUUUUCAAGAUGGACUUGCUAUAGGUCUGCAAAAAAAAAAUUGUUUACAUGUUUGCUAUGACAAGUCUGUAUAAACAUGUACACAGAAACUAAGCUAAUGCUUUUAAACACGAGCCUCAGAUGGUCCAAAUUCUCUCUACGCCUUCCAUUCUCACUUGCAGCCUGUCAGCAGUUGCUGGAUAUUGGCUGCACACACACACACACACACACACACACACACACACACACACACACACACACACACACACACAGACCCCUCUGAGGGCUCGGCGGGUUAAUGAGAAGCGAGAGAGGCGAGGUGGCGCGGCGUGAAAUAGAAACGCCAGGCGAGACGCGCCUUAACGUAACCCCAACACACCCAAUCAGGAGGAAGUCAUUUCCCACUGAAAAGGGCAUCAUGUAAGUUGAAUCCGGCUAAUGUUAAUAACGUCUCGGUAAUAAUAACGCCGGGAAUUGGCCCCCGUGUACAGAGAGGGGAUUUAUUUCCAACCUUGAUCUGCAUUUAAAUGAUCCACAGAGGUAGUUCUCACUCCACUCACUAAGCUUUAGCAUGCUGCUAAUGAACACACGUGGGAGGUGCACUGGCUUUGGGAAAACACUUCGUAGAAACUGUACAGGCUGUCGUUUUAAACUCACCACAGGGAGUCACUUCCAAACUCAACGCUUUCUACCAAAUAAACCACAACGAUAGACGAUAGAGAACACACUCUGAAAAUGGCGCUCAGGAGACGCAGGAUCUUUUUCUAAUAGUGUGCAAUGAGACUUAGAGUAGAAGUGUUUUUUAUAUUUUUCUUGGCAGCAGCAAACAAUCAGUUGUUUUUACAGCAGUUGUUAGCAGAGCAACAGCUACUCGUCUGUCGAUGACUUUGUUUGAGAAAAGGCAGAUUCUCUCGUGUCUUUUUUUGUGUUUUUUGGGCCUUAUUGGAACAAAAAGUCCUUCGCAAUAACGUCCAAAUGUGUUUUGCUGUGUACAAAAAGCCACAAUGGAGAAAAAGAGAGGAUGAUCAAGAGAGGUGGUUAGCGAUGAGGGGUUUUAAGUCAAGAGCACAUUGUAUUUUAUUUGAUGGGAAAUAUUAGUUUGCUGGCUGAAAAUACAUGUUCAGUCAGAAAAGCAACUCAUUAAAGUAGGAAGUAUCCAAUGUCGCAGUUGUUUCACGAGUGUAAGAUAUAUCUAAUGUUAUGAUAUCAGUGUAAAACCAAGAAUAUUUAAAGGUCACAGAUGUUAAACGAGUCGACCACCUUCCUCUACCACUCUCUCUUUUUGCUCAAUCCCUGCAUUGAAGGAACUGCCUCACUGUAAAAGACUUGCAUCACAUGUUAAGUGAAAUUAUUUUUGAUUUCUCUGAAGCUGAACGAUGGAUGAGUUCUUUUGGCUAGCUUGGUGAAAGAGAGAUAAUCAAAUGUAUUCCACGUAGCAUUGUGAUGCAGAUCUUACUGGCACACAGUUCUCUGGAGGCACAACGAUGUGUGAGACGUAGUCACCUGAGUUUGGAGACGCUAGAUGGGACGCGGAUUAUAUUUACCGAGGGGUUAUGAGAUUAUGGCGAAACUGAGCUAGCUAGUAGGGCUGCUCAAUUAAUCAUAUUUUAAUCGCAAUUACGAUU